AAAGAUAUGCUAUGAGUAUUUUCAUUGAAAUAAUACGUUUAAAAUUGUCCUCAACGGAUUCUCUUUCUUCAGUGCACAUAUUGUUUAAUGGAUAAAACAAAAAAGAUUGCUUGAAUAAUGAUUUCCAACCGGAAAUUUGCCCCAAUAUGCAGUGUCUUGUUGACAUUGCUGACUCGUUUCUCUUUCGUUUUUGAAAAUUUGAAUUGGUUUGGGAGUAAAUUACGAUACGUUUUCGGACUAAUUUCUCAUCGCUACUGCAUUCAUCGGCUUACACCAUACCCAAGACUGAAGUACCAAAACACCCCAACAGAAACUCCUUCUUCUUUUUUGAAUAAAGUCCUUAAAGAAAGUUCAAGAUUUACUUGGCGGAAAAUGUAUUUCCCUAAUUUACCGUUUACUUCAGCGUACUCCUCUACUUCUCCGAAAUUUUAUGUGACUGAUCGAAGUUAUAUAAAUUGCGACGUGAAUCGGUUGACUUCAGAUCGACCUAUACAAUUAGAUAAUUCUAUAGUUAUUAACGUAGAGUCUGUUGAGACGCCGAUGAAUAAUAUUUCUCUUCCCUCGGGUGAGGACGGUAACCACAAACGUCUCUCUGACAGCGGUUCAUCAGAUAAUUCUGAAGAUUUGGUUGUUUUCACAGUGUAUGAAAAGGAAUGCCUCGAAGCAGAUUUCCAGGACAGUGCCGAGUCAUCUGAAUCGGAUAAUGUGACUGGAGAAUCUUCGGACGAAGGCGGUUGGACCAGCGACUGUGAACAACUAUGCGCCCAGUUGUACGAAAAACAGACAAUCAAUUCAGACCAUCGUCGAAUUACCGAGGACUUGUCAAACAUUACGUAUCUGGAAAAAGCCUAUUCAGAAAAAAUUGAUAGUAGAUAUUUUGAAGGCGUCAAUUUAUUUUUUAUGACCAAAGCCGUGCGAGAAUUGGAUUCUGGAGAAAGCACGUCCGAUGAAGAUCAACCCAAAGAAUUGGAUUGUGGAGGUUUUCCGAAGUCGGCGGUCCAGUCCACAACAAGUUAUGAUGACGAGCACGACAGUGGAAUCAGUUCAGGAAACAGCAACCCUUCCGAUUCAUCCACCUGUGAUGAAGAUCCCAAUUCGAGCAAGAACCACCUCACCUCCCAUGUCCAGGCAAAGUCUUCCGCCGUCACUUACCAGUCGAGUGGUUCAAAUUGUCACCGGAAGUUGACUCGUGGAUCUCCUCAGUCGCCACUGAUAUCAGUGCGUCAACUGAAGAUAACAAUUCCGUCUCUAGUUUCUGGUGAACUAAUUAACGGAGGUGAGCUAACGAGUCCUCCGGAUAUAUUCGAGUCGCUCUCCAGUCAAGAAUCAGACUGGGAAUCGGACACCGAGUCUGAGGAUGCCGAAACUCACUAUCCUUCGAGGUCCUCUCAGUCGAAGAUCAAAGCGGCAGCUUCGGCUGCCCCGUCCAGUGCGAUUUCUCCGCCUUCUCUCAGUGGUGCUCUGCUACUGUCAGCUAACGGAACAGCAGAUGGAAAUGAACUAAUCCAAUGUUUCUGUAGUGCAGAUACGAUUCUGAAGUGUUCAUUUUGUGUGGACAGUCGGAAGCGACUUCUGAAAGCUUCACAUCAAAGAACCGUUCAUUUUCCGUCGACCUCUGAAAAGUUGGAAACAACUCACUUCUUGGAAGAAACAGACGACGAAAACCAAGCAGACAGUUUUGCGAAUUGCAGCAGAAAUAAUUCCCCCAGUAAAUCAGGAACAAUAUAUUCCCCUCCUCAACCAAGCGGUAGCAGUCGAAAAUCACCGUGGGAAAUGAUGGCCAGAGAUCGAGUCAGAUUUCAGAGACGUAUUUUUCUAACAGAUAACAAAAUAUCCUAUGUCUUGCUACCCCAACACAGAUCACAGGUGUUCACAUCCAGAUUUGCUGACACGACAAUAAUCAGUAUUUCUCAGCAGCCUUUCCAAGAAUCCAUGUAAUUCGUUUAUUCUUUUAUGAAGAGAUGACUGCAUAGCUCGAUAGUGUGAAAUAGUGUAUAGUUUAUAGGUAAAAUGACGCUUCUUACAUUGUCAGUAUUUAGUCUUGCUUGUUCUUUAUUAUUUCCGACACUAAAUUCAUAAAUUUGCAACUCA